GAUGUACUUGAAAUUCAAUUCAUGUCAACAAUGGCUGAGGCAUUUCCAACACGUGCUGAACCAACAGAUUUAUCACCAUCUAGCACUGAUCUGAAGCCCGAACAAGCAAAGAAACCAACAUGCAUUUUAGUAUUGGGAAUGGCGGGUUCGGGCAAAACAACUUUUGUUCAGAGAAUCACAGCACAUCUUCAUGCUAGAAAAACUCCUCCAUAUGUUAUCAACUUAGAUCCAGCUGUACAUGAAGUACCUUAUCCAGCAAAUAUUGAUAUUAGAGACACAGUUAAUUACAAAGAGGUUAUGAAACAAUAUUCAUUGGGUCCUAAUGGUGGAAUUGUCACUUCUCUCAAUCUAUUUGCCACCAGAUUUGAUCAGGUCAUGCAGUUUAUAGAACAGAAAACAGGAGAGACAGAAUAUGUAAUUCUGGACACACCAGGACAAAUAGAAGUGUUCACCUGGUCAGCUUCUGGAACCAUAAUCACAGAGACAUUAGCAUCAACUUUUCCGACCAUUGUGGUGUAUGUUAUGGACACAUCUCGCAGUAUCAACCCAGUAACUUUUAUGUCUAAUAUGUUAUAUGCCUGCAGUAUCAUGUACAAAGCCAAGCUACCUUUCAUUGUAGCUAUGAACAAGAUUGACAUUGUAAGUAACCAGUUUGCUGUUGAGUGGAUGACAGACUUUGAAAUUUUCCAGGAAGCGUUAGAACAUGAGACCUCCUAUGUUUCAAACCUAACCAGGUCUAUGAGUCUUGUUCUCGAUGAAUUCUAUGCAGGACUUAAGAAUGUGGGUGUGUCUGCCAUGACAGGAGAAGGUAUCCCAGAAUUCUUCAAACUUGUUCAAGAUGGUGUAGUAGAGUAUGAAAAAGACUAUCGUGCAGAGUAUGAAAAACUAAAAGCAGAGAAAGAACUAAAGGAAAAGGACAGACAGACAGACCAAAUGUCAAGGUUACAGAAUGACAUGAACAGUGAAGGUCAAGGUGACAUGGAAGUGGAUAAGAGACUAAGAGGAAUGGUCAUCACUCCUGGUCAGGAGGAAAGCGAUAGUGAUGAAGAAUUCAGGAAUGCACCAGAGGAGGAUGAGGAGGAGCAAAGAGAAUACGAAUCGUUUAAAAACUUCCUCAAACAACAGAAAGACAGACAACAACAAAAGUAUGAGGCCAGUCAAGGGGACAAGACGUGAAAAUUGUCAGGGAUACUUCAUUGUUAUACUGUUAUCUCUUCCUUUGUUUAAUUGUAUUGUUGCUCUAAUUGUAAACCAGUUCAACAUGUUUGUGAAGUCACUAAGAAGGAAGCAGUGAAAAAUGCUUUAAUGCUGCAAUGUAUGAAGACUGUUUUCAAAAGACAUAAUGUAGUCACUUACAAAUGUGGAAUACUUUUAUUUUUCCAAAUUACAAUCAUUAUGUGCUUUUGUAAUCCAUAUCAACAGUGAGGGAAAAGCAUAUUGGAAUGAAUUUCUCAUUCAUAUACAUAUUUAAGAUUUUGAUACAGAAUAAAAAAUCAUUUACUUUG